CGGCGAUAGUAAGGUCGGCUCCGUUGUGUAUGUGAUCUAAAAAUGUGAACGUACCAUUGUUAACAACAUUAUUUAUUAUUGAGUGAGCAAAAUGGGUCGGCAUUGGACAACCCCACUCGUGAAGCAGUGCUUCGUGGUAGCGGGAGUGUCCCUGAACAUGGCCAACUUCGGCACAGUGAUGGGCUUCAACGCGAUCUUGCUGCCACAGCUGCAAGCUCCCGACUCUGACAUCAGUGUGGACACUGCCUCUGCAUCGUGGAUAGCGUCAAUCGUGGGCAUCUCCCUCGUUCUCGGAAACCUCGCGGUGCCUACCAUAAUGGGGAAGUUCGGAAGAAGACGUGCGAGCCUCUUCAGCUGCUUCAUCCUCAUUGCGUGCUGGCUCCAGAUCUCUAUCGCCACCAAUAUCACUCUCUUGCUUAUUGCCAGGUUCUUCCAAGGCUUCUCUUUGGGAAUUAACUUAUCUCUAUCUCCAAUCAUGAUCGGUGAACUUACCAGCCCAAAGCAUCGCGGCAUUUUCUCCGCAAUCAUGACAACAUCGAUAACAACUGGCACUCUUUCUGUGCACGUCAUGGGAUCUUAUUUGACCUGGCAUACCACAGCUCUAGUCUGCGCGUUCGUUUGCGUCACCAGUUUUGCUAUACUGAUAUUAUCACCAGAGUCCCCAAGUUGGUUAGCUGAUAAGAAGAGGUAUGAAGAUAGCAGAAGAGCCUUUCACUGGCUAAGAGGCGACAUGGAAGAGGAAGAACUGGAAAAAAUGCUUGAAGCCCGCAAAACACGACACGAUCCAAAUGAAAACAACAAGAAAUUCACCUAUCUCAUAAAAGCUUUCAAGAAGAAGGAAUUCUAUAAGCCUGUCAUAAUAAUGCUGCAUUUGCACACGAUCAGUAUGUGGACCGGCAUGUGUUUCUUGAUAGUGUUUACGGUACAUCUUAUUCGCUUACUAGUAGGUGAUGACAUUGAUGUGGCCAUGCAUUUGACCAUCAUUGACGUUCAAAGAAUGCUUUCGACUUUUGUCGCGUUGUACGCUGUUAAAAUAGUGAAGAGAAGACGUAUUUUGUUCACGACAGUUGGUGCUAACAUUGCGAUAUUAGUUGUUAUAGCUUUGUAUACUUUGGCUAAAUCUAAGAAUGUUCUUCCUUUCGAUCAUCCAGCUAUCGGUCUGGUGUUACUCCACAUCCAUAUGUGUACUAUUACGACCGGUUCUUUGCCGCUACCAGUGGUGAUAUCAGGAGAAAUCUUUCCCUUGGAGCUCAGGAGUUUGGCUGGUGGUAUCAGUUCUUUAGCGUUUUCUGUCAACUACUUUAUAACAAGCAAGACAGCUAUGUUCUUGCUUAGCACUAUAGGUAUUCAUGGAACGUACUUUUUGUACGCGUCAGUGUCAUUUUACUGUACAACCGUGGUUUGGUUUAUGCUUCCUGAGACUAAAGAUAGGACUCUGCAUGACGUUGAGGAAGAGUUCAGAGGGAAAGCUAAAAUUCAUUUAGAAAAGAUAGAUGUAACGCAAGCAGUGCCACUAACGUCUUCUGAUGAAAAGAAUAUGAAUGUUUGAUUUCGUCUUCUUAAUACGCUAAUUACUAAGCUUGACUGACAACAUUAAGUAGGUCAGAAAUAGUAAAAUUUAUUUUAAUUUGACUGCAUUCGACGUUCCUAGAAUUUGCCUUUUAAGUUGAAGAAUAACUUCUGGUAGAUUCGUGCAUGAAACUGUGUUUCCCGGACGUAUAGAAGAUCAACGGAUGGAGUCAAAGUAAGGGAA